CAAUAGGUCAACCCUCGAGAACACAACACAACACAACAAAAGGCAGGGGUGUUUUCGUAUUUUGUUUUCCCUUUUUCUUGAAUUCCUUCUAGUGACCAGAUAUUGACUACAACUCCUCCGCUUUCUCCGCGAACCGCACGCAUUUCCAUUUCCGAUUGUACCCCUACGGAGCUUUGACCUUCGCUCGUACUUUGUCGCUUUACCAUUCUUUCCCACCCGUUGUUCCGCUUGAAUGGCAGUAACCGCGAGAAUUCUGGGCUUCUUGUGAAUUUCGGGCGAAAUUUGAACGGGAAAGCUUGAAGGGUUUGGCCCAGAAACUUCACCGAUCGGAGGGGCAGAAAAGGAGGGGGACGAGGAGGUGUGGGACCCCCCUUUGUUCUGAUCGUGAAGUUUGUCUGGCCGAAACCCUACACGGUUGUGGGAAUUUAUGAGCACGAGAUUUCGGUACUCUAUACAUCAGGUCUUUUGACGCUUUUGUUUAUCGGAGAGGUGGCAAUCAUGUGCAAGAUAAUGCAUUUAAUGUUGGGGCUGAUUCUGGUGCUUCUUCUAUCUGUUCCUGUCAUAAUAAAGGCAUCUGAGGCUGAUGAUGGCUAUAGCCAGUGUCAAAAUAUUGUCAAGAACUGGGCAUCUUCUUCGCUUGACUCCGAAGUUAAAGACGAUAAGCAUGAUUUGCGUGAUUUGCUCUUUUUCCUCCAUGUACCUCGGACAGGAGGAAGAACAUAUUUCCACUGUUUCUUGAAGAAGCUGUACUCAAACUCCCAGGAGUGUCCACGGUCUUAUGAUAAGUUAAGAGUUAACCCAAGAAAACCAAAUUGUCGGUUAUUGAGUACCCAUGAUGACUAUAGCAUGAUGUCCAAGCUUCCCAAGGAGAAAACUUCAGUGGUGACGAUACUUAGAAACCCUAUUGACCGUGUUUUUAGCACUUACGAGUUUUCUGUGGAGGUGGCCGCUAGGUUUUUAAUUCAUCCUAACUUAACAUCUGUUGCAAGAAUGGCAAGAAUGGCCCAGCGUCGUCGUAAGACGUCUGGAGUAAGCACACUGGAUAUCUGGCCAUGGAAAUAUUUGGUUCCUUGGAUGAGAGAAGAUCUAUUUGCCCGAAGGGAUGCUAGAAAACUUAGAGGGCAACUUCAUUUAGUGGCGAAUAGCUCAUAUGACGUUGAAGACAUCUUGAUGCCUCUACGUGAGUACAUUCAUCACCCGAUUGCGUUAGACAUUGUCCACAAUGGGGCCACCUUCCAGAUUGCAGGUCUCACAAACAACUCGUAUUUUGCGGAAGCACAUGAAGUGCGCCAUUGCGUACUUAAGUAUCACACCCUUGGUGAAUAUGUGCUUGAAGUUGCAAAGAAAAGGUUGGCGGACAUGCUUUAUGUUGGACUCACUGAGAACCACCGAGAAUCAGCCACAAUGUUCGCAAACAUUGUUGGUGCACAGGUGAUAUCUCAGCACACAAUAUCAAGCUCCAGUGCAAAAGUUGCAACCAAUGAUCAUUCAGAACAGAGCUCCAUUACUAAUACGAUAUCUGAUGCCAAUGAUCAAGGCAACAGCACUUAUCAAACAUUAGAGGAUGUUUCAUCCACAGGCAAGUAUGAAAUUGCACGUGACAAUUUGACUGUUGGGAAACUAAUGGAAGCAUAUGAGUCUUGUAUUUCAUCCUUAAGAAACUCCCAAUCAGAGCGGCGUGUAAAUUCUCUGAAGCGAAUUUCUCCUGUAAACUUUACAAAAGAGGCUCGUCGUCAGAUUCCUGAGGUGGUUAUCCAGGAGAUAGCAUCACUCAACAGCCUAGACAUAGAGCUCUAUAAUUAUGCUCAACACAUCUUCAACGAGCAACAGGGGCAUAUGACACAGCGCAUGGUUUAUGCUGAAAAGCUGGCCACCGCCCUCUCCACAAGUUCAUAUCCCAAUUUCUACGUCUUCCCUUCUUGGAAAGUCGUGUCCUUAUCCAUCACUGGUCUCUUGAUGCUUCUCCUCAUUCUUUUCUUUGUAAAUGCAAGAAGAAGAACAUCAAAAGUUAAAUUAUAGAUCCACUUAAGUUGCAUUAUAGAAAACGUUGAGAAUGCAAAGACAACCAAGUCAUCAACUUUUCAAUGCUGGGCAUUUUUGCAGAGACCCCCAUUUACUCAUUCAAUUCCGGAUGUUCAAAAAUGUUGCUGGAGAAGGUAACAAACAGGAGUUAUGACUUUUGGGGGCAAAAGUCUAAUCAUCGUAAGCAGUUUGGUACUAACACCUGGAAACAGGAAAAGGAAUUGUAUCUAACCUGGAGCCGUAGAAAUUUUUUCGCCAGCAGUUCAUUUCAUACAAAGCUAAGAAAACAUUUCUCAUGGCAUGUGAGCUAGUGAUAACUAUAUCUGAAUGUUUCUGGCAAAAUCAGGGAUUCUUGGUUUGUAUGAGAUGCGUUUAAUGUAACAGUUUUAUCAUUAUUAUUGGGAAAACCAUAUUCUUAUUU